CUUGUAGUAGGUUAUCUGGACUGAAAAUGAGCGGAAGAGGCAAAACCGGAGGCAAAGCAAGAGCCAAGGCUAAGACUCGCUCAUCCAGGGCAGGACUGCAGUUCCCCGUCGGCCGUGUUCACAGGCUUCUCCGCAAAGGCAACUAUGCUGAGCGCGUCGGUGCUGGUGCUCCUGUUUAUCUGGCGGCUGUGCUCGAGUAUCUUACCGCUGAGAUCCUGGAGUUGGCUGGAAAUGCCGCUCGGGACAACAAGAAGACCCGUAUCAUUCCCCGUCAUCUGCAGCUGGCGGUGCGCAACGAUGAAGAGUUGAACAAACUUCUGGGCGGAGUGACCAUCGCUCAGGGCGGUGUGCUGCCCAACAUCCAGGCUGUUCUGUUGCCCAAAAAGACCGAGAAACCCGCCAAAUCCAAAUAAGCAGAUUCAGUCUGUUUCAUUGAAACACAAAGGCUCUUUUAAGAGCCACCCAUUUUAUCUCAUAGAGAGCGCUUUUCUUUGCUAAUAUUUACAGGCAUAAACUCGUUUGGUUGAGGAGAGAAAGUCCUAUCAAGCCAAUUAAAUAUAGGAUUGCUCUGCAUUGAUGAUUACAAAUAUCGUAUAAGCCCCAAUGU